GUCAUGUGAUCAGCUGUGUCUAAUCACAGCUGAUCGCAUGGGACAUGUACACUGAUCAUCAGGGCACUGAUGAUCAGUGUGCCCUGAUGAUCUGUGUAGCCCCAGCAGUGCAACCUGUCAGUGUCCAUCAGUGCCAGCUGUCAGUGCUCAUCCAUGCCACCUGCCAUUGCCCAUCAGUGCCACAUUUCAGUGCCUAACAGUGCACAUCAAUGCCACAUAUCAGUGCCCAUCUGAGAUGCCUUUCAGUGUCACCCAGUGCCACCUAUCAAUGCCAGUCAGUGCCGCCUAUCAGUGCCAGUCAGUG